AUGUUUUGCAUUGAAAGGAUUACACAAGAAUCAACUUAUCUAAAGCAGUACUUUCUACAGACAAGAUUAAAGCAAAUGCGCCCGACAAUUGACGAUGUAGAAUGCUUUCUUGCGCUUGACUCAACAGCAUUGUAUGCAGGCAUGUUAGAUGGUAAACCUAUUGGAGUAAUAGCUGUGUUUAAAUACGAGUAUGGCUAUCGACACGUUGGGGCGCUUUACAUUGAAGAUAAAUAUCGGAAGUGUGGAUACGGAUCACAAUUAUCUCUCAGAGCCUUCAAAAUGUCAGAACCAAUAGAAAAUUUAUCUCUUUAUACACUACCAAUGCCUUAUAAGAUUGAAAUGUACAAAAAAUAUUAUGGUGUUCAUGAGAUUUUGUAUAAUUCUGUUGAGGUUCAUACACUUAAUUCAGCAACAGCCUUAAGAAAACUUCAAGGGAUCUCCAUGGAUGCAACAUACCACGUCAAGCAGGUUUUGGAUGUAGAUUUUGAAGCUGUAUUUAACUACGAUAAGCUUACGUUUGGAUAUGAUCGUAAACAGUUUUUAUACAAAUGGUUGUAUUCACCAGCAAGUCGCUCUUGUGUCGCCUUGAAUAAUGAAGGGUCUGUUGUUGGUUAUAUUGUUGCCCGGGAAAUAAUGGUUCCGGACGAAGGCUAUAAGAUUGGACCAUGGUUUUGUGAAGAUAUUGAUGUAGGAAAAGUUCUUAUCCGAGCAGUACUUCAACAAAUCAAUGAGCAAGGCAGAUCAACAUCCAAUUCAGCUCGUAUGGCUUGUCCAGUCGGUAGAAAUCCACAAGUGCGCAACCUUUUAAAUAUUUUGAAUAGCGAUUAUGUUCUGAAGGUUGCAUUUAUGUCAAGGAAUGGUGAUCUGAAAGGGCGUGUUGAUAAGUGGUUUGCAGUGACAUCAGUUGUCUGUGGCUGA